ACACCCACAUCUGUGACCUGUCCUUUUACCGCUACAUAUUAAAACUUCUGCAACAAGGACCCAAAUUAACGGUUACUACUUGCCCCCCAUUUUCUUCCCCUUCUGCUAAACAAACAUAUCCUUUUCUCUUUUUCAUCUCUGCUUUCUCUCUCGCGUUUUCUUGCUCUCGACAGGGGAAAAAAAAACCCUAUUCCUCCUUGUCUGUAUUGGAUCGAGUUUCCCAGUUUCUCAACUACCACCAAACCAAAAAGAAAAGAAAAGAAAAGAAAAAAAAUUGCCAAAUUUGGCCCCAAAUUCGACGAUUUUUUUUUUUUUUUAAAUUUCGAAGCCAAGAGAGACUUUUUGGUAUAAUCUCUGUCGAUUGCGUUUCGCGGGAGUGAAAUUAGGGAAUCUUUUUUGGUGGUAAUCUCAAUCCUAAUUUGGAUUUGAUUAUCGCUCAAUCCACGUUUUCUUCUUCCGUCUAUCUCUUUCUUUUUAUUUACUUUCUUUGACCUGCAAACCCUAAUUUUGGUUAAGUACGUUUUGAGGGAUUUAAAACUUAAGAAAAUAAAAUUUUAAAUAUAAAAAAUUGAUUAGGAAAUUUAAUUCAUUCAUUUUUUUUUUUGGUGUAUACAGAAGUUAGGUUACGCCACCGAUUUUGUUUUACCCUAUUUUGGGAUUGUAGUUGAUAUUUUCGUAUCUUAACACCAGAAAAAACUCAGAAAUAUUUGGUGUGUUGUUUUAGUUAGUCAUCCAAAAUCUAGGGUUUUUUCUUGUUAGAUUAGAUCCUCCACGAAUUAUCCUUUUUUCUCUUUUAAUUUUUCUUUCUAUUUGCUCUUCUCAUAGUCCAAAACAACAAAAAAAGAAAAAGAUCUUUACGGUUUUUGGCUAAAAUUAUUGCAUAAUAUAUAUUGAGGAAAGAAAUAUUUGGGAAAUUGGUUGUAUAUUGAUCAAUGGCGUUAAAUCUUUCCCAUCGGCCUAUCUUUCCUGCUCAUUUGACUGAAGAUAAUCUGGUUUCUCCCAUGAGAAUCGCGAGUGGGUACCUUUUUGAAGGUGUCCUGGAGAAGAAUGGAGAUGGGUGUUCCAUAUGUUGGUGCGCGAAUCAUGAAAUGAAGGAUUGCUUUGAUCAUGGAAGGGAUAGAAGUGGUGAUCGAAGUGGUUCUCAGGAGUCUGUUUCUAAUGAUAUCAUUGAUCUUUUGCCAUCGGAUCCAUUUGGAAUGGAUAUCACCACUACUUUCACUGCAAUUACUGGUUGGCUUGAGGAUUUGGAAAUUGAUUGUGGCCGCUAUGUGAGAGAUGACAUGGGAGCUGGCGAUGGGAGUUAUCAUUUUGCUGGAUUGAACUUCAUUUGGAAAAACGUCAUGGUCCAAACUUUCCCUGGAAGCAUGGGGUUUGAAUGUAAAGGUAGUGUCUCUGAUGGGUUUGGUGGGUGUUCUCAGGUGAAGGAAGGAGGGGAUGUAUCUGGUCAUACUGGUCUUGGAUCAGCUUGUAAUGGAGAGGACAUUUUAUGUUUUGGGAAUGAAUAUACGGUUUCUGUUGAUCAGGAAAAUAAAGAAUAUCGGGAUUGUGAGGUUUGUUCUGAGGGACAUGAAGGAGCUCCUCAUGAAGCCUUGAUUUUGGCCCUUGGUUAUCUGGGUGUGAGGGAUCUGUUCAUCGUUCAAAAUGUUUGCACAUCACUGCGAUCUAUAGUUCAGAAUGAUCCCCUUUUAUGGAGGAAUAUUCACAUUGACCAGCCACUUAGUGAAAAGAUUACUGAUGAUGUUCUUUUACAAAUAACUAGUAGGGCUCAAGGUAGCUUGCAAUGCUUGAGCCUGGUAGAUUGCCAAAGGAUUACUGAUGAGGGUCUUAAGCGCGUGGUUGCGGAUAAUCCAAAGCUAAUCAAGCUUAGUGUACCUGGAUGUAUAAGACUAAGUAUCGAGGGUGUUUUGAAUAGCCUAAAGGCUUUGAAGUCUAUGGGCUCACAAGGGGUGAAGCAUUUGAGGAUUGGUGGGCUUUAUGGUGUGACUCUGAAGCAUUUUGAAGAACUGAAGUUCUUGUUGGGCAUGGACAACCAGAUUCAGCAGAUUGUGCACAAGCCACAUUUUUAUAACAGAAGAAAUGUGUAUCUCUCUUGUGGUGAUGAUCGUGCCGUUGAUAUUGAAAUGUGCCCAAGAUGCCAAAGCAUGAGGCUUGUUUAUGAUUGUCCUGUGGAGUGUUGUCAGUGGAAAGACCAUGCUGCUCAUUCAUGCAGGGCAUGCACCCUUUGUAUAUCACGGUGUGUUCAGUGUGGUCGUUGCAUUAAUGACAAUGAGUAUGAGGAAACGUUUUGUCUGGAGUUGCUUUGUUCAGAUUGUUUGGAGACUACAACUUGCAAAGUGCCAGGAGAGGCAGCAGAAUAGGAUGACUGGCCUGUCCAAUUUACCUGCUUUUCAACAAACUGGCAACCUUCAUCUCCAUGGCUAGACUGAAAACAUUUCACAUUUUCUGGUUUCUGAUUCUGGUUAAGGUGUCACAUCCCUAAUAAUUCAAGGCAGCCAGAAAGCAAUGUAAAGAUUAUUGUAUCUCUCUUAUCUUGCUUAUUGACUUUUUAAUCUGCUAACAUGGUCAGCCUAUUACUGGACUUAACUUGGGUGAGCAGUGAACUGGUGUGUGUCCUCUGAGCCAAGCUUUAGUGACAUUUGGAGAAAAGAAGGGAAAAGACAAUAAAAUCUUGUGUUGCAUGUAUUUCCAAGAGAAAUAAUCUUGUUUUGGUGAUUUCUGUUGUUGGCAUUGGCACUUGGUUGACAUUUUCUGUUGCUUGUGGAUGGUCAAUGAUGAAGUUAGUGGGACAUGACUUUUGAAGUAUUGCUCUGUGUUGUAAUCUUUGUGCUGUCAAGAAUAAGGUGGAUAGUGCGAGUUUGCCAACUUGAACAUGGACUCCCUAAGGAAGCACUCAUCUAGUUGUUACUGUAGACUGAGAAACAUUUUUGGCCUCUUUUGCAAGAUGAAUUUGUUGUGAUCAGUCUUCUUGUGUGUGGGGUACUAUGCAAGGCAGGCCAUGCUUUUUAGACAGUAUUUUCUUAUUUGGUUCCCAGAAGAAUCUGUUUCCUGAACCUUUCUGCAAUGAGCUGGGAAAUCUUAGCAGCCGUCCUCUUGAUCCGGCGUGUUUCCUUAAUAAUUGGAAUGUAUCCUUAUCUUCCAUGUGAUUGGAAUUAUCUUACUUGCUUAUGAAAAGACUUUAUUAUUCCAUUGUUUGAUGUAAAAA